GUUGAACGUUGUGGGGUCGAGAGUAUGGCGGGGCUGCACCUGUGUUCCGUGGCGCCGCUGCUGCUGCUGCUGGCGACGGCUGGCCUGAGCGCCGCCAUGCCGCAAGAGGGAGUGGACGAGCACCGACUACCAGAAGCAGUCGAGGUGCCUCAGGAGACCUUCCAAAAUGGCUUCACGCAGGACUUCGCGCAGAACCUCCCGACGAAGGAGUUCAUGGGGGACUUCGCAAGGAGAGUCAGAGUCAGACGACAGACUGGCGUCACUUCCACCAUCGAAAGCAUUCUGAGCAGCCCUUGGGACGGCUCCCGCAUGGCGUCAGACCACCUCCAGGCUCUCCUCCAAAGAAACAACUUCAGACCGGCCAGGCAGUCUCCGCAGGCAUCACGCUCCCCUCCUGAAUCUCCGCGCCAGCCCCCCUCCUCCUUCUCUCCAUCCUCCUCCUUCUCCCCCUCCCUCUCCUUCUCCCCCUCCUCGUCCUUCUCCCCCUCCUCCUCCUCCUCCCCCUCUUCGUCAAGAUUUCCCACGGCCUCCCAGUCAUUCAUCCCCAGUCCUCCGGCGUUCCGUCCUCAGCAGGAGGCUCGUAACCCUGCCCCUCCUCCCUCCCGCCGCCCCUUCCCCUCCCCAACCCUUCAAGCAUCCAAUAUCCCCCGUCGUCCUCCCCAGUUCUCCCCUCCCCGGGGCUCCACCACCGACCUCUCCUCCCAGCCUCGAGAAAGGCCACAGCGGCCGCGCCCUGCACAGCCCUUCCCUGCCCCGUCCUUCGCAGGGCAACAGUUUUCCUCCGCUCCCAACGUUGACUCUUUCUUCGACUCGGCGCGGCUUCCCCGUCAGCGGAGGGACGUGGCAGCAGUAGCAGGGCCAGCAAGGGACGACCCCGAAGGUUCAGAGUCUCCUGAAGAAAAUUCUGCCUUGGAUACAGUUACUGGCCUCCUCGGCCAAGAUGACAGUGACCUCGGAAACCCCCGCCAGCAGCAGCCGAGGAGGGGCCGGGAGAAGGUGUUCGGGCAGGCCUCCUCCCACCCUUUUGCGGACCCCUUCGUCGUGCCCAACCUGUUCCAGCCCUUUGGCAUCAGGCGCCGCAAUGACAUCGUCGACGCACCGCAGGCGCGGCAGAGGCAGGUGGGCGUCACGGCCGCCAUCGAGGCCAUCCUGGGAGCGCCGUACAGAGGCCCCAGGCCCGACUCCCUGCAGAGCCUCUUCAGGAACGACGAGCGUCGCGUCGUGCGCAAGACACCGUCCCCCUCGGGUCCGCCGCAGAGGUUCUCCGUGGUGGGUUCCGACGACCCUUCGCAGGCUGCCGUGCGGCUGUUCCCGAAGGCCCCGCAGGCCUCACCCUUCUCCAGGCCCGCCGCUCCCCGCCCUGACCUGUCCGGCCCUACUGAACGCCCCCGGAGGAACGUGGGGCAGCGAGGCACCACUGACUACUUAAACACAUACGGCGAGGGACUGUAUCCCGGCGAGGAGGCCCACCGCGGUUCCCAGGAGUGGUCUGCGUCGCUGCCUGACAGGGAGUUUGGAGACAUUAUUGUUCGUUAUGAGUACGAGGUCGAGGACCCUGCCGAGCAGACCCGCGGCAGGGUGGUGACCCUCCCCAAGGACGAGGUGGACUCUCUGAUCACGCCCUUCAACGGCCGUCCCGCCAGGCCACCCAGCCCGAGGGAGGCAAAGCCCUACCCCAUCCCCGGCCCAGGGGAGCCGUCCCCGCGCCCCCGCCCCCACCUUGUUCGCCCUUCGCCGCCCCGGCAGCAAUUCCGUCAGCGCCCGCGUCACCCUAACCUCAUCCCAGGCUUCAGGCCCGGGCCCUCACCCCCCGCCCACAUCCUGCCCUCCUCCUCGACGAUCCGCGCCCCCCGACACGUGCUGCGGGAGAACCUGCGGCUGCCCCGGGCCACCAGGCAGCAGGACAUUCCCCUGGCGCGCAGGACUCUCCUCUUGGACGACUCCGCCGACGCUGAGGCGGCCCGGCAGGACAGCCCGGGCUUCAUCGGGGGCAAGCCUGACAACUUCCCGGGGUUUGCAUCCAUCGGGGGAUUCGGUCCGAUGGCUGACGUGGAUGAGACGGACGGUGGCGACAGCUUCACGCAAUCGAUCAACUUUCCAAGGCUGGACUUUGGCACAAUCGACGACUUCCCAUCUUCCUUCCCCCAGACCCCUUCCUUCCCCCAGCAGGUGAGUGAGCUGCGGGGGGACACUCCUUUAGAUCCUCUCCUCCCCCUCCCCUACCGCCUCCCCCAACACCCGUCAGAAGGGUCCACACCACCCGACCAUCACAUCAACAUCCACCACAACCAAGGACAAGACGACUUACUGGAUCAUGAUUUCAACCUCAACCACGAUGAACCCCACCUUCCUCCUCCUCCUCCUCCUCCUCCAGUCCCUUCCCCUAAUGCCAUCCCAGCUCGCAAACCCCAAAGACCCCGUCCCCGUCGCCCUAACCGCACUAGAGCAAAGCGCCUCAGGAACAGACCAGUCGGUGCUCGCAAUUUUCUGAGAGACAUUGGGCAGCCCGCCAGACCUCAGCGCCCCAGAGCCCUUAGACAGACCAGAGACAUCGAACCAAAGCCGGACUCCAAAACCAGAAGGCGUCGCGCAGCCCCAACUGAAGAGGAGACGAUCGAAGGCACAGACUCCUCUCUAAAACCCCACAAAAGGGUCCAUCGCGUCCAGGCGGAGUCCCUCGCGGCCCCGCACAGCCGACAGCCACGUGACUUCGAUCUCGAGUCCUCCCCCGCCGAGGUCCCUCACUACUUCAGUUCCGUGUCACAAUUUGAGUUCCCACGCUUACAGCCCCGACGCAGUCAGCUUUCAGCUCUCGGCAGGUCAGCGCAGGUCACCGGGAGCAGCUUAUCCGGGCGCCCCUACCCUACUGACUUCAGAAGGGAAGACAGGGAUGACGCACAUGCCCCGGAAGAGGACCUCCUAAGGCCGGAAGGGCAGAGGUUCUUCCCCUCGUUUAAUGGACAUCUUCCAUCGGCUCAUUUCACACCCUCCCGGGCUCCCUUCUUCCCCUCAGCACCUAUUCCCCCGCGUGCUCCACCACCCAGGGGCGGCAGGUUCCUCCCCAGGGGUGUGGGGUACAGGGACAUUCCUGGCACCGGUCAGAGGGACCAGUUCAGGGAUGUGCACCACCAGGGCCCGGCGGUGCGGGAGCCGUCUCUAAUCAAGCCAGACGCCUUCUCCUCCGCCACUCGCCGCCCCUUCCACCGCGAGCAGGAGCAAUUCGGCCACGAUAACUCCCUCUUGGGGUCGGGGAACUUUGAGGUGAUACGUGGAGGGACCUUCUACGACCUGGACGACACGAAUGGUCACCAGCACGGCUACGACCACUUGCUGCACGAUGACGGGUUCGGGCUCUUCCCCUCCAGGCGGCCCCACCACCCCUCCCCGCCGCGCACCAACUACGUGGAUGAUUUCUUCUCCAACUUCCGGGACUUCUCGGAGUUUGCCGUGAGGAGAUCCGACGAAGAGGAGACGACGCAGGAGGACACAGACUACUACGGCCGCGGCUACGGAUCAGAACACGUGCACCGCUACUCCAAUACCUUCAACACGACUCUCCCGGAGAACAACACGACCGCAAACACCACCACGGAAACAAAAGAAGUCGUGACCUCUGACCCCAGGAAAGAGGAAGGAAGGACGGACGACGCGCACACAGCAGCCAGCAGCCACGCACAUCAUCGGCAACACAGACCGCCCAAGAACAUACAGGAGGUGCUGGAGGAGGUCGAUCCGCACCCAAGUGACAACAAAUCCUCCUCCGUCGACGUUGAGGAGAAGGACCCAAUGAUAGCGAUGUUCUGAGGUCACCGAAAUCCUAAUUACCCUUUCACUUUCACUUCCGUUCCCACCUGAUUCACAAAAACAAUAGAGAAUACGUUGAUGCUAAUAAUAGUAAGUUAAGAGAUAUGAUUACUACGAACGUCCGACCCGUUAAUCUGUCCAUACCAAUCUUUCGUUCGUUGAAAGAAAACAAGCAAAUCAUUUUGAUAAUGUGUCUCUAAUGCAACGUUGCCAGAUUAUCGUACUCUGCGUCAUAUAUUCGCCUCUUUCAGACUAAAAACCGUCGCACUCAUAAAAAUAACGAUACCCAUUUCUAGUUAUUGCUAAAAAUGUUAAUUGUAGAGGCUUUUUUUUAUAUCGUUAUGCGUUAGAAAUAGAAAAAUCCAGUGUGGUGAGUACGAUAACGUGGCAACCCUGCUCCCAUAUCUGGUUUAUCAGAGAACCAUCGUACUAGUGCUUUAAAUAACAAUAAUAAUAGAAAUAUCAUAACGACAAUACGGAACCAUCGCCGGGCCGUCGUGCUGCGUCGUAAGUGUGUUCAUGUUGCGUCAGUCGUACCGUAGCGUUGCGUCAUUCUGCCGCGUCGUGAUUCUGUGCCGAUAAUGGAGUUCCGCGUCUCGAUCACAUCACCCAUCACCUUCCCGCGUACUGGAGCUGGUCUCUGUGCGCUGCUUUGUACUGUCCUUUCGCCUUGUGUUAUAUUUUAAGCUUAAUAGAACGACACACACACACACACACACACACACACACACACACACACACACACACACACACACACGUACGUACGCCGUGUUGGCACUUGUUUGUAUGUUUAUACCUGCACGCAGUAAUUAUAUACCUGCAAAAUGGUUAUGUGCGUACACCUGUGUGCAGCACGUGUUAGUUGUUCCCUGAUUGCUCUCAUGUGUUUGAAAGCGUUAUGCCAAUAAAGACAAUUAUACGCAC